AUGUUCCGGCCCGCGCCGUCUUGGAGCCAACUGGACCCACAGCAGGAGCGCGACGUUCGCGAGCUCAUUCGCCAUGUGGCUGGCCUUCAGGAUGAGGCGGACCCCAACUUCCAGCUCGCCCUGCACUUUGCCUGGUCCAACUUCAGAUUUCAUCAUUUCUUGGAUGUUAACAGCCACAAAGUAGAAAAAACAAUAGAAGGAAUUUAUGAAAAAUUCAUCAUUCAUUCUGAUCUCAGCAAAGCUGCUAGUUGGAAGAGAUUAACUGAGGAAUUUCUAAAUGCAUCUCUUCUGAGCAUAAAGGAAAUAAAGACAGAUGUGCAUUAUUCAAUACUGUCACUUCUUCUGUGUCUGUCUGAUUCUCCUUCAAACAGCAAUUAUGUGGAAACACCAAGAGAUAAAGAAGUGGAAAAGAAAGAUGAUUUUGACUGGGGAAAAUACUUGAUGGAAGGUGAAGAAAUUGCCCUUGGUCCGAAUGUAGACACACCAAACUGGUCUGAAGAAAGUGAAGACGAAGAUGAUCAACAGCCCUUAAGUAGAGAAGACUCUGGGAUUCAAGUGGACAGGACACCAUUAGAAGAACAAGAUCAAAACAGAAAAUUGGGGCCUCGUGUCAGCUGGAAAGAUGAGCCAAAUGGCCGAAGCUGGCUGGAGCAGCAUGUUGUUCAUCAGUACUGGACAGCCAGAUCCUCAAGGUUUCCUCAUAGUUUACAUUUGCACUCCAAUUUAGCCUCUGUCUGGGACCAACACUUGUAUAGCAGUGACCCAUUAUAUGUUCCUGAUGACAGAGUUUUUGUUACUGAGACACAGGUUAUUCGGGAAACCUUAUGGUUACUUUCAGGGGUAAAAAAGCUCUUUAUAUAUCAGUUGAUAGAUGGGAAGGUAACUGUGAGAAACAGUAUUAUAGUAACUCAUUUGACACAUAGCUGUUUACGAUCAGUGCUAGAACAAAUAGCAGCAUAUGGCCAAGUUGUGUUUCGACUCCAGGAAUUCAUCGAUGAAGUCAUGGGGCACAGCUCCGAAAGCAUGUUACCUGGAAAUGGUUCUCUUCCCAAGAAGUUGACUGAAGCUCCCUUUAGGACAUACCAGGCUUUCAUGUGGGCCCUGUACAAAUACUUUAUUAGUUUCAAAAAGGAACUUACAGACAUUGAGAAGUACAUCAUCAAUAAUGACACUACAAUAACUCUUGCAAUAGUGGUGGACAAGUUGUCACCUCGACUGGCUCAGCUCAAAGUUCUCCACAAAGUAUUUAGUACUGGAGUAGCAGAAGUUCCACCUGACACUCGAAAUGUUGUUCGGGCAUCUCAUCUGCUUAACACACUGUACAAGGCCAUUCUUGAAUAUGACAUUGUUGGAGAAGCCUCUGAGCAAACUGUCUCCCUGCUGUUCUCUCUCUGGGUGGAAACAGUAAGACCCUACCUGCAGAUUGUGGACGAGUGGAUCGUGCAUGGGCACCUAUGUGACUGCGCUAGGGAGUUCAUCAUCCAGAGAAACAAAAAUGUUCCAGUAAAUCACAGAGACUUUUGGUAUGCAACUUACACACUAUACAGCGUAUCGGAAAAGACAGAAAAUGAAGAAAAAAUGAGUGAUAAUGCUAGUGCAAGUUCUGGCAGUGACCAGGGGCCCUCCAGCAGGCAGCAUACCAUGGUGUCCUUCCUCAAACCUGUCCUUAAGCAGAUAAUUAUGGCUGGCAAGUCAAUGCAGCUGCUGAAGAACCUACAAUGUGCAAAGAGCACCACGUGCCAGGACACAGCCAGAGAUGCAGAGAGAAAAAGCUUGUAUACCCUGUUUCUGGAAUCUGUACAGUCGCGUCUUCGACAUGGAGAAGAUUCCACUGCACAGGUCCUCACUGAGCAGCAGGCUACCAAAGAGAACCUAAUUAAGAUGCAGUCCAUUGCUGAAAGGCAUCUUGAACUGGAUGAUGUUCACGAUCCCCUGCUGGCAAUUAACUUUGCAAGGCUGUAUUUGGAACAGAGUGACUUUCAUGAGAAGUUUGCUGGUGAAGAUAUAUGUGUGGAUAGAUCAUCAGAAUCUGUGACAUGCCAGACUUUUGAGUUAACACUGAGAUCUUGCCUCUAUCCUCAUAUUGAUAAGCAGUAUCUCGAGUGCUGUGGAAACCUCAUGCAAACUCUGAAAAAAGACUACAGAUUGGUUGAGUACUUGCAGGCCAUGAGAAAUUUUUUCUUAAUGGAAGGUGGAGAUACCAUGUAUGACUUCUACACAUCAAUUUUUGAUAAAAUAAGAGAAAAGGAAACCUGGCAGAAUGUGUCUUUUCUUAAUGUUCAGCUUCAGGAAGCAGUAGGACAACGUUAUCCUGAAGAUAGUUCACGUCUGUCUAUAUCUUAUGAAAAUGUUGACACAACUAAGAAGAAACUCCCUGUUCAUAUCUUAGAUGGUCUAACCUUGAGCUACAAGAUCCCAUGGCCUGUGGAUAUUGUUAUAAGUUUGGAAUGUCAGAAAAUUUAUAAUCAGGUGUUCCUUCUCUUAUUGCAGAUAAAAUGGGCAAAAUAUAGUCUGGAUGUUUUACUAUUCGGUGAGCUAACUAGUACUGCUGGAAAACCACAGUUCAGAGAAGGACUCUUAUGUGAAGAAGACACAACUGUUCAAUUUGGACCACAGAAGGAAACAGUAAGACAACAGAUUCAUCGUAUGUUCCUCUUGAGAGUGAAGCUCAUGCACUUUGUGAACAGCUUACACAACUACAUCAUGACCAGGAUUCUUCACAGCACAGGACUAGAGUUUCAACAUCAAGUCGAGGAAGCCAAGGAUUUAGAUCAGUUGAUUAAAAUUCACUAUAGAUAUUUGUCCACCAUCCAUGAUCGAUGCUUGCUGAGAGAAAAGGUCAGUUUUGUGAAAGAAGCCAUCAUGAAGGUACUGAAUUUGGCUCUCAUGUUUGCGGAUGGUUGGCAAGCAGGCCUAGGGGCAUGGCAAAUGGAAUCUAUAGAGAAAAUGGAGUCUGAUUUUAAAAACUGCCAUAUGUUUAUUGUAACCAUUUUAAACAAAGCUGUCUGUAGAGGAUCCUUUCCCCAUCUGGAAUCUCUAGCACUGUCACUCAUGGCUGGCAUGGAACAAAGUUAAAUAUCUUU